CCACAUCCUCUCAUUCUAUACACACAACGCACUCGUUGAAUAUAGUGAGAUUCAUAAUGGCUGGACGUGCAAUGAUUUCAGUGGUUGCUGCGCUGUGCAUCAUAAAUGUUGCGUUAGCAGCAACUACAAACGCUCCCAAGGUCACAGAUAUCCUAGCGAACCAGGAUGUUCAAGAAGCGCUUGCCACCGCGUGGAAGGAAAGCUUUUUGCAGAACCCUAAUUCUUAUCAAGUGAGAGGAGGGUGGGUUUAUGCUGAUUCCAACUAUCCCGAUGACCACAAAUAUAUCGUUGUCCAGCUCGCCUCAAAAGACCGCUCACCCCAGGGAGCAGAUGGAGAUAUAGAUCUGGACAAUCCACAGAAGGAUGUUGUACUGAGCAACGAGCAUUACAAACUUGUGGCAGACUUCCACACCCAUCCUUUUGCUGCUAAAACACAGCAGAGGGCAGACUCAGACGACAUCAAAAGAGCAUACGAGAGAGGAGUGCCUGGAGUAGUUGUUUCAUGCUCUGGUGUAUUCUACUAUGGACCUGAGCGUCGGGCAUCCAUGGAUGGACCCACAGCGUACCCUCAAUCUUCUGGUGAAGCUUACAAUGGCCAGAAGGAUGUCAGAUUUGGCGAUAACAAAAAUAUCGUCCAAGGCCAGUGCAGCCCAUAAAUCAAGUCCUACUACCCAUUAGUACUACUAUGUUUUAUUAUCUUACUCUGAGCACCUCCAUCAUCAUCGUCAUGUUAUGUGUAUUAGAUGUCUGUAUGAAGUUAUGAACUCCCACUAAAUAAGUAAAUGGUGAUUGCUGUCUAGGUAUACUUGCAUGUUGCUCUGCAAUAUAAAAUGUACGCCAUCACUCUCUUGCACGCACCUUACGUAUGUAUUUGAAUUCCCGCCAUAAAUAGAAGUUGAUUUCAGAGUGAA